AUGAGGCGGAGAAGGAGCCGCCAGCCGGGCCAGGGCUGCGAGUGCUGGAGCUCUUCGCCGGCAUCGGCGGGAUGCGCUGCGCCCUGGAGAGGUCACAGCUCCAGGCUCGGGUGGUGGCGGCCAUCGACGUCUCGGAGCUGUGUGAGAAGGCCUACUGCCACAACUUUGGCAAGGACGACUGGAAAAAGAAGACCAUCGAAUGCUUGCGACCACAAGACCUGGAU